AUGUGCAAGUUUGAGGAUUCUAGAGAUGCUGAAUACGCUCAACGUAGCAUGGAUCAAACUCGAUUCAUGGGUCGACGAAUAGAGGUGGAAUUUACUCGAGGUUAUCGUAAGACUCCUGCCGAAAUGAGAGAUCGUGCCAAUCGCUUCGGUCGUCGCCGUUCCAGGUCUGCUUCCCGUCAGUAUUCUCGGCGUUCUCGAAGUUACUCGAAGACUAGUGAUCGUGAGCGUUGGGAACAUGAUAGGCGUUCGCGCUCGCGAUCAAGUUCUCCCCGUAACGGUUCCUCGGGAGGAAGAAUGAGAUCAAACGGCGAUUAUGAGGAUCGCAGUGGCUGUCGUACGUCCUCCCCAGCGAUGUACGCUGAUGAUCGAUAUCGACGCCAUCAAAACGUCAGAUCAGGCUCACAGCGCUCCCGUUCUGCUACUUAA